GUCAAAUGUAAAAAAUUAUUCGUAUGACGUUAGCUGACAGGUGAUUAAUUUUCCCAAAAUCGUCUGAUUCUAUAGUUUGUACUAGUUUUGUACUGAGCUUAAAAUAUUUCGUUAGUUUCUCAUUUAUUUCUAAAUAAAUAAUAUACGUGAUUGGCAUGCUGGAUUUUUCGUUAUUUAUUUCAAAUUAAAUGAGAAACUAACCAAACAUUUUAAGCUCAUUACAAACGGAUACGAACCUAUUACAAACGACAGAAUUAAUUAGUUUUGCGAAAACCAAUCACCUGUUGGCGAAUUUCAUACGAACAUCCAAAUUCUGGAGAAUCUGAAUAUCAGGAGAGACCAGUGAAAUAAGAUAUUGUCGACAGAAAAAGUGAGGUUAGGAUCGUCGUUUGGGAGACUGUUAUGAUCCGGUUUUUUUAUCUCCUGAAAAAUCAUCCCAAUGGAACAACGGCAACUUCAGACUGUUACGAAAGACCGCCAUGUUCAGUCAGUUCAAAUGCUACCUCCUGACAAGCGCCUGUCAUUUGUACUUUCCAUUUCCACAUGGCCUACAUUCUCUCAUGUGCUGCCGUGGUGUAGGAGAGUUAUCACGAGUACCUGACAUUGGUAUCACGCAGUCGAUACUCAUCCAGACGCGGCAAAAUAUUCAAUCACUGCAAUUCAUAAUUCAAUUACCUUUGGUGGUUGAUGCCAGUUUUUAGGUCAUUCAGAGGUGCCUGAGGUGGACAAAUUCAGGACGAUGUUCGUCGUGGUUGGAUCGACAUUGGCUCUUAUUGCGAGCUUUUUCGCCUACAGUAAGUCCAGGUGCUGGUCAGUUAUGGCCCGGAAAUUUGCACUCGACGUGAAGUAUCAGCUCCUGGGGAUGAGGGAGACUAUAAUUGAUCUUAUCCAGGCCAGAUACAAUAAAACAGAUUUGCCUCGGAAAACCGACUGUGUGGCCAUUAUCACCGGUGGGUCCCGGGGUAUCGGAGAACUUGUCGUGAAAAUGUUACUACAAUGUGAUAUGACCGUCGUUAUCGCCUGCCGGAGACCCGAGGCAGGUGAGAAAGCAAUUGACAACAUUCGAAAAUCUGGCACAACCACAGGGAAAGCUGUAGUCUAUCGCCUCGAUAACUCGAGUUUAACUUCUGUUAGAGAAUUCGCUGAGGCAAUUAAAAGAGAUCACAGUAAAGUCGAUAUUCUCGUCAACAAUGCGGGUGUCAUGUUUCCACCUUAUCAGGAGACGGUUGAUGGGUUCGAACAGCAGUGGGCUGUUAAUUAUUUGUCUCAUUUUUUGCUUACGGCGCUGCUGAUGCCGCUGCUUCAGAAUGCUGGAUCGUCAGAAAAUGCAGCAAGAGUUGUUAACGUUUCUUCCUGCGCUCACCUCCUUGGGGAAAUGAAUUUCAACGAUAUCAACUACAAAAAUCAGUACUUAGCCACUGCAGCCUACGCUCAAAGCAAAUUAGCUCAAAUUAUAUUCACAAGAUCUUUGAAUAAAAUUAUUCACGAAAAAAAAUUGCCGAUUCGUGUCUACGCUGUGCACCCAGGAAUCGUCGAUACAAAUUUGUUUGAACACACUUUCAUCGACAGAAUCCCGUGGAUCAAAGCGUUAUUUUUCAAGACUCCUCAACAGGGCGCCACGACCAUAGUCUACGCGGCCGUGAAUAAGGGCCUUCAAGAUCGCGGGGGUGUAUAUCUCCGUAAUUGUCUAGAAGUUGCAGUGAAUCCCUUAGCAGAAGACAAGUCUAUUCAGGAAAAACUCAUGGCUCUGAGUCUCGAGCAAACUCGCCUAAAAACCUUUCUGCAGUAGUUAUGAAAGCUCGUUCCCUAGAGAGCACUAAACAAUUUGCCUUUUCUAAUUUAUACAAUUUAUUAUACAACGAUUCCCUCCAUCAUUUCACAGUAUAAAACCAACGGUAUAUUUAUAAUAUAAUCGUCCAUCCUGAACUGCUCAAUUUUUUGUGUACACUUGCCGUCCGACUUGAUACGCAGCUGAGGAUUUUAUUCGACGCCCUCUAAGGGCUAUCGAAUUACUCAGCAGAGCAGGUGUUCGCUGAUAAAUUCCUCGUCCCUCGGGUGUCCACGCUCUCAAGGUCACGGUUUCCUCCUGAUUUGGAGAGAUAGAAAUCCAGCCUAUAAACAAUUUAAUAAAACCAAUUUUGUUUUACUUAAAAAAUAUCCUUUCGUCUUUGAAACUGGCCAACAAUUACUUAAAUUAUUUUACUCAUAUAAUUGUGAAAGAGAAAUCACUCAAUAAAAAAUGUCAUCAAUUUUUGUAAACACAAUUAAAGAAUAUUUAAUGAACAA